AAAAUAAUCUCGAGCUACAAGCUUUGAUACAGACCAAAAGAAAUUAUGUUCAGUUGAAGGCGUACAUGUUACUGCAUCUGGCUAAUGUACACUUGCUAAAAUCUGAAUUUGACGAUGCCGAAAAAGUUCUUUCCACAUUAAUUAAUUGGACGACGACUCAUUCGAUAUUGCAACACUAUGAAGCGAGCAUUACACUCGCACUUGGUCUACUGAAUCAAAGUGUGGGUAAAGUGAUCGAAGCUAGGAACUAUUAUCGGGCUGUGGAGAAAAUCACUACCAACAAAGAAUUAAUAAUUCUUGCGAAAAUUAAUCGCGUGUUAAUAGAACUUGGAAAUACGAUUGAAACUAUUCUAAACGAAAUUCGUCAAGAAUCACUGGUCGAGAAUGGUAAUGUAAACAGCCUGAAGUCUACGUUCCACAUAUUAGAAGCGUUGGCUAGUAACGACAUAAUUCGAACAAGGGACCACUUAUUCGAGUCUCUAAAACUCUCAACCACAUUAUGUAACGACCAACUAAAAGCAAUAGCACUUGCGGUGCUCGGCACGUUAUUUUACCACACGCAAAACGAACAGGCGGAGAAGAUGUUAAAGGCAGCUUAUCAGUUGAGCAAGGGUGCUCAUAAUGAUUUGUGGUGUCUUGUUGCAGGAGUUUUACUAAAAG